ACUAUUUAUAUCCAGCACAAAUCAACGCAACUUCACCUGCUAAGGAGCUAUAGAUUCCUGCUUCACAGUCUAUUUUCUUCGCACACACCAAUAAGAAACAAAAAACAAAUGGCUUUCGAGAUCAGCAAUGUUCUUUCAUGGAUUGUCUUUUGCCUAGCUGCAAUGGUCUCCACCGUUUUCUUAAAACGCAAGAAAAGCUGUUACAGAAUAAAGGGAAAACUCCCUCCAGGGCAGAUGGGACUUCCUUUGAUUGGUGAAACAAUGGCGUUCUACAAAGCUCAACGUAACAUUUGGUUGUUUGAGGAGUUUGUUGAACCCCGGAUUGCAAAGUACGGAAAAAUCUUCAAAACAAGCCUUAUGGGAUCACCUACUGUCGUUGUAAAUGGAGCUGAAGCCAAUCGGUUCAUCCUGUCAAAUGAAUUCAAGUUGGUGAUAAGCUCAUGGCCUUCAUCCUCAGUUCAGCUCAUGGGCAGAAAUUCUAUCAUGGAAAAACAAGGGGAUCAGCACCGUUGCCUUCGCGGACUGGUAGCAUCUUGUCUCAACUGUGCAGGACUAGAGGCUUUAGUGCCAAAAAUAUGCAACACAGUUCAACUUCACCUUGACAAAAAUUGGUAUGGUAAAGAUAAUGUCAGCCUUUAUUGUUCAACAAAACUUUUGACCUUUACCAUAGUCUUUGAGUGCUUGUUAGGGAUCAACGUUGAGCCACAGAUGUUAGGUACCUUUGAGAGAGUUGUAGAAGGUGUUUUCGCUCCACCUGUCAACUUCCCUGGCUCUAAAUUUUCAAGAGCGAAGAAAGCAAGGCUAGAGAUAGCAAAGAUAUUGGCGGAAGUAGUGGCCGAAAUGAGAAAAGAAAUGGAAAGCAGCUUGCAAGGAGAAGGAAAAAGAGGAGUGCUACUAUCGCUAUUGGUGGCUGCAAUGAUUCGAGAUAUUACAGAGGAAGAGGUCAUCGAUAACGUAGUUUUGCUCGUCGCCAUUGCCAUGGCAUUUAAAAUGUUGGCUCAACAUCCAGAGUGCUAUUCUCUCCUCCUCCAAGAACAUGCUAAUAUAAUAAACAAUAAAAGGCCAGGUGAGAAUCUGACGUUAGAAGACGUGAAGAAAAUGGAGUAUACCUGGCAAGCUGCUCGAGAAAGCAUGCCGCUAUUCCCUCCCAUCUUUGGCUCUUUCAGGAAAGCAGUUGCUGACUUUGAAUAUCAAGGAUUCACCAUUCCCAAAGGAUGGAAGGUGCUACGGACAGCGUAUGGAACACAUUACAGUGGGGAGUAUUUCCAAGAUCCUCAACGUUUUGAUCCGAGCAGAUUUGAGGAAUUUGUUCCACCCUACGUUUUUCUUCCCUUUGGAGGAGGACCAAGAGUCUGUGCAGGCUAUCAGCUUGCCAAGUUGAAUAUCCUCAUCUUCGUGCAUUAUGUUCUUACUCGUUACAACUGGUCAUUGAUCUAUCCCAAUGAGUCAGUCACCAUGGCUCCCCACCCAUUUCCCUCUCAGGGAAUGCCUGUCAAGAUUUCUCCUAAGUUAGUGUAA